AUGCAGAUUGAUGUUGCAAGAUAUAGCAAAGUGAUCUCCCUGAAGGACACUGGGCAUAAUGAAGAGAGAGAGGAGAAGUUGCUUGAGAGGUGUCCUCCUGGCCAUGAGGGCACAAAGUUGGUUGAGAUACCCGCCACAAUUCUUGAUGCAUCUGGUGCCAUCAUUGCAUGGUACAUCCCAGAUGCUCUGACCGAUGCCACCCAGAAUCAGUCAGAUCUGGAGGUAUCUGCAUCAUUGAAGGGGGAAUCCUCUGAGAAGAUCCUCAAAGCCAUUGUGAGGCCAGCAGCCAUUGCAACAGUGGCACUCAGGGUGAUGCAUCCUGAGCAGUACUGGGCAGAAUGCUUCAACAUUCUCACUACCAUGGGGAAUUAUUCUAAUGCUCGGAUGAGCAUGGCAAGCCUUCAGCUGGAGUUCAGAAGGAUCAUGAGACAUGGGGUUCAUGCAGUAGAAGGGGAUCAGAUUGCUUGGGCAUGGUAUAUGAGGGAUUCCGUUCAUGUUUAUGCUGGGGUUCCAUCAUGUGGAUGGGCUAGGGUGGAUUACAAACAGUGA